GAGACUCCUCCCAUUCCUUCGAGUCACUCACAAGUCGGAAGUGGCCGACGGUGACAUUCUGAUUGACAGCUGUCGAGCAACAGCUAUUAACAAGCCGUUACAGUGGCGGUCUCUUCGGUUGGAAGAAUGGCCCGUGUCUUUGUCUACGGAACCCUUAAAAAAGGACAGCCGAACUACUGUAGCAUCAUGGACAGGACUCAUGGGACCGCCAGGUUCCAGGGCAAAGGACUCACAGUGGAGAAAUAUCCACUGGUGAUUGCCGGGAAAUACAACAUUCCUUAUUUGCUGAACAUCCCAGGAACGGGGCACCGUAUUGCGGGAGAGAUUUAUUUUGUCGAUGACCAGAUGUUGCAAUUCCUUGAUGAAUUUGAAGGCUGCCCGAACAUGUAUCAGCGUUCUCCAAUGGGAAUUGAAAUAGUUGAGUGGGAAGGUACAAGCGGUGCACCUGAAGAGAGGCCGGCUGUUAACAGCAUUCUGGAAUGCCAUGUGUACAGCACCACCACUUACCAGCCUGAAUGGAUAAAUCUCCCUUACUAUGACGACUACGACUCCUUUGGGAAGCACGGACUUCAGUACGUACUACGGGAAAAUAGGGUGGAUAAAAAUCAGUGAAUGAAAAAAGUGACUUUUUAAUUAAAUGCCUUCUAAGGGAAUUUCAUAUCUAAAUUUAAUUAAGAUACAUUGUAGCUUAAAGGUAGCUUAUCCCAGAAUAGGGAUUAUAAAAUCUAAUUCUGUAGUAUUAGACCAUAUAUUCAUAAUGUUUACAAUAAGUUUUGUAAAUGAGUUUAAAACUGGAAGACAAAUUGCUUAUAUUGAUAAAGGAAAUUUAAUAAAAUGUGUAGCAUUCCUUAGUGAAAGAAAGUAGUAAUAGGUUGGAUCCAAACAUUGGAUAGAAAGAAGCUAGUGGAACAGGAAUUCCCUGCCUCCCCACUCCUACUGUCCCAGUGAGCCCCCCACAAAAUUCUUCUCCGGGGGGGGGUCAAGGGACAGUGGGGUCUGCACUGGGAGAGGGGAAAUCAGUAGAAAUUUCCCUUCUAUCCUCUGCCAAGGGCAGUGUCAAUGUAAGCUGGCAGAGGCAACCAUUUGGACCCAAACUGUAGACUGUUUCUGCACAUGUGCGGAAAUGCAGUUCCACCGGCAUGAAUUGUGCCGGUGGAGGCUUGGGGACCAUUCGCACGCUAUCGUGCAAGCG